AUGGCCAUAAUAGCUCAUUUUGAUUUGGAGCUACAUCAGAUGGAUGUCAAGAUAGCUUUCUUGAAUGGUGAUCUGGAUGAGGACGUGUAUGUGGAGCAACCUACUGAAAAGAAAGUGCAUCUAAGGAUCAUCAAUGACUUGGGCAAUGGCUCAGAUCUUAACCUCCACUGUAAAUCCAAAGAUGAUGACCUUGGGGUUCAUGUCCUUGCCCCUCAUCAAUUCUUUGAAUUCAGUUUCCGACCAAACUUUUGGGCUACUACGUUAUACUUCUGUAGGUUCUGGUGGGGAGAUGAAUCCCAUUGGUUUGACAUAUACGUGGAGAGGAGGGAUGUGGGCCGAUGUAACAAGCAGUGCUGGUGGACGGUAGCUGCAGUUGGUCCUUGUUUACUGGAUGCAAGAGUUCACCGAUACACUCUUUGCGAAAACUGGAAGGACCAAAAGCCUGAGGGUUCAAGUCAAGGACCAAAAGCUAGAAUGUACAAUGACACCAAACAUUUGGAGGGCAAUGAGAAAGAGGGAAAUGAUAUCAUCAUUUAUUAA